GCGGCCCGUUGGUGGCUGCGGUGGGCGUCUGGUCUGCGCCAGGCGUCCGCCAGACCAGGGCUGCGACAGGCGUCCGUCAGAGGGCUUCUGGUGCCGGCGUCGGCGGCCGGGACGGCGCGAGCGUCGCGAUGGACGCCGAAGUGGAGUCGCCUCUGCGAGAAGUGAGCGUGGCCGACAUUGGCUGCCUGAUUGAGCGUCUUCAGGAGCAUGGAGUGCAUGGUGCAAAGAGUCGGUGUCUGCUCCUGCUCUUACAGAGCGGCGUCAACACAUGUCCCUGCCGCAUCUAUGCCAGCCAAGAGUCUGGUCAGCCCCUGGUCGUCAUAACAAUUACGCGUCAGUGGCACGGCCAUCACGCGCUGGGCGUGUUCGCACGAGAGGACGCGGCGAGCCUGCGGUGCCUGGCCGCGGCCCUGCGCGCCCCGGGCCUCCAGCUCUGGGGCACGCCCUUCACCGCCGACGGCGUGCCCCUGCACGUGGCACACGUGCUGAGGACGGCCGCCGAGGAACGAGGCCUCACGUGGGACGGGCUCGCGCCGUUUGACCUCUUCGUGCAGGAGAGUUGCCAGCCGCCGGAGCACGUGCUUGAAUGCCCAGCCGGUGUCGUCAUCCGCCCGCUCAAUGAGGGACAUGUGGACCAAGUGAAGCGCUUCUGGGAGUACUCCGACCACGUCCCGGGCGUCGACGGCAUCAUCAGAGACGGCGUUUUACGGGGCCUUUCCGCCGGUGCGUUCAGCCACGGGGCAUCGCCUCCGCCAUCGUCAACAGCAUCAGCUUCGGCAGUCGCGCCGAUCUCGUCACAGACCUCCCCUCCGGUCUUGCCGUCAGCUUUGCCCUCUGCAUCGCAUCCAGCAUCGCCUUCAGCAUCGUCUUCAGCAUCGUCGUCGGCAACAUCUUCAUUGUCGUCACUUGAUAACGAGCGGCUGAUGUCCUGGGCUGUGGUAGACAGGAACGGCGGCAUCGGCUUCCUGCACACGCUGGCGACGCAGCGGCGGCGCGGCCUGGGCCGGCUAGUGCUAGCGCACCUGACACAGCUCUGCCUGCAGCACGGUCUGCCCUGUGUUGUGUGCACGAGACCCGUGAACACGGGCGUCAUGCGCGCCCUGGCUGCGCUGCGGUAUGAGCGUGCGUAUUCGGCCGUGUGGGCCGACGUCGGUGGUCGAGGGUAGCCCCGACAGAUGGGGCUGAGAGCGGUGACGUCGCGAGGUAGACUCGUCGCUGUGCGCGUGGUGGGAAAUGUACGGUUAGCCUUGCUAGAGAAUUCACAGGGUUAUUCUAGUUUAUUCUAGUUCAAGGCUUCUGAUUCUAGUGGGGACAUUGGUGACCGCUUGGAAAGGUGUUCGUAGUGCAGUUGUAUGCGCCC